GCCAUGGCUUUCUCCGCAAACUCGCAUUUUCUUACUCUUCCACUGCCUACGGUGGCUCAUGUUUCCUUCGCAAAAUCCUCGUCAAUUUUUGGUCGGAAGUUUCACAAUGGCUUGAGUUGCACAGGGGAUAGGAAAUGGAGUGUUGGCGGAUGGUACGGUAAAGUGUUUGCUUCGCAGAGAGACUAUCGGAAGUUUCGGAAACGGCCGCUGAAGAAGAGAGACAAAGAGAAAGAGUUGGAACUUAGUGUAAAGAUUUGUAUUGAAGAGCAAUUGCCCGAUGAUCCUGAAAUUCUGGAUAUUGCUGAAAUGCUUCGUCUUAAUGUUCCAAUGGCUAUGAAGUUAGCAUUUGAUAAUUUGAAAGACUCAGAGUAUCAAACGAGGGAUAGAGUAAUUAAUGAUGUUGGUUGCUUUGAAACUGUUGAAUUAUCAGUACUGCUUUGCAACGAUGAGUUCAUCCGCGAGCUUAAUAAGGAUUGGAGAGAUGAGGACCACCCUACUGAUGUUCUUUCAAUGUCUCAACAUAUACCUGAACUUGAGCUUCCAAUUUUAAUGUUGGGAGACAUUGUGAUUUCGGUGGAGACAGCAGCACGGCAAGCAGAGGAAAGGGGACAUAGUCUACUGGACGAGAUACGCAUCUUACUGGUUCAUGGUUUGCUACAUCUUUUGGGGUUCGAUCAUGAGCUUAGUGAUGAAGCUGAAGCUGAAAUGGAGAAAGAAGAGGAGAUCCUUCUAAAAAGUCUUGGGUGGAAGGGAAAAGGAUUGAUUCAGAGUGCAUAUGAUGCUGAGGAUGCUGAUAGUCGUCCUUUGGAGAACAUUGACAGGAAGAAAGAAGGGAGUCUUCGAUUUUACAGACCAAAGUUUAGCUACAUCUUCUGUGAUAUGGAUGGUACCCUCCUCAACAGCAAAAGUCAGAUUAGUUCAGCAACUGUUGAAGCUCUAAGAGAGGCCACUUCUAGGGGUGUAAAAGUGGUGAUAGCUACUGGAAAAACCCGUCCUGCUGUCAUUACUCUGUUCAAGAGUGUAGGUUUAGCUGGAAAAGACGGCAUUGCUUCAGAGGUUUCUCCAGGAGUAUUCGUGCAGGGGUUGCUCGUUUAUGGCAGACAAGGCCGGGAAAUUUCUCGAAGAAACUUGGAUCUGAAUGUGUGUAAAGAGGCAAUUCUGUACUCUCUUGAGCAUAAGGUUCCUCUCAUUGCAUUUAGUGAGGAUCGUUGCUUAACAUUGUUUCAUCACCCUCUUGUGGAUUCACUUCAUACUAUAUAUAACGAGCCAAAGGCGGAGAUUAUUCCUUCAGUCGACCAACUAUUGGCACGGACGGACAUACAGGUAUGUUAUUAAAAUUAGCUGCUAAUUAUAUGACUAGUACUUUCCAAGUAUCGGAC